GACGAGACGGGACAGACGCAGGCAUGGCUCGCCUCAACUGGUGCCUGGCUGCCGUCAUCAGCUGGGGCAAGUUCCUCUUCGCCUGCUUCUUCCCGCUGCGGGGGGCCAAGCGAGACAAGCCCGACGAGCUGGAGGGCGUCCACACACACACCUUCAAGCUGAAGCCAUUCAAGAAGGCCAAGAGCUGUGAUAUAUGCAAGCAAGCCAUCACCAAGGAGGGCCUCAUCUGCAAAGCGUGCCGGUUGUCCUGCCAUAGAAAAUGUGAAGUGAAGGUCACCACAUCAUGUCAGACCACGACCAACUAUGAGGUGCCUCCCACUCCUCAGCUGCAGUUAAAGCAUGUAGAUACACCGGGAUCUACCAGGUCCUGUAAGAGUGUGGAGAUCAGGAGAAAGCAGUCCAGGAGUCAGAGUGUGGUCCCGGCCAUGGAGGACAGCUAUGAGGUGGACCUGGUCUACAUCACAGAGAGGAUCAUCUCCGUCUCCUUCCCCGCCGCCGCCGAGGAGCUCAGCUACACCAACCACCUGAAGGAGGUGGCCACCAUGCUGCGCUCCAAACAUGGAGAACACUACCUGAUGCUCAACCUGAGCGAGCGGAGGAAUGACUUAACAAACCUACACCACAAGGUCCUGGAGUUCGGUUGGCCUGACCAUCACGCACCGGCGCUGGACAAGAUCUGCAGCAUGUGCAAGGCCAUCGACACGUGGCUCAACGGAGACCCACGCAACGUGGUGGUGCUGCACAACAAGGGGAACCGAGGUCGGACGGGGGUGGUGGUGGCAGCGUACAUGCACUACAGCAACAUAUCUGCAAGUGCCGACCAGGCGCUGGACAGGUUCGCCAUGAGACGCUUCUACGAGGACAAAGCACUUCCUGUGGGCCAGCCGUCGCAGAAAAGGUACGUGCGUUACUUCAACGGCCUCCUGUCCGGACACAUCAAGAUCAACAACAAGCCUCUGUUCCUGCACCACGUCAUCAUGCACGGCAUCCCCAACUUCGAGUCCAAGGGAGGCUGCCGUCCCUUCCUGAAGAUCUACCAGGCCAUGCAGCCGGUCUACACGUCAGGGAUCUACAACGUGCAAGGAGACAGCAACACCAGCAUCUGCAUCACCAUCGAGCCGGGGCUGCUGCUGAAGGGAGACAUCCUGCUGAAGUGUUACCACAAGCGCUACAGGAACGCCACCAGGGACGUGGUGUUCCGGGUGCAGUUCCACACCUGCGCCAUCCACGACCUCGGGGUGGUGUUCGGGAAGAGCGAGCUGGACGAGACCUUCAAAGGUAACGGCUCUGCGGAUGAGAGGUUUCCAGAGUACGGGAAGGUGGAGUUUGUUUUCUCAUAUGGACCAGAGAAAAUCAAAGGGAAAGGCCUGUGCCACCUGGAGAACGGGCCGAGCGUCUCGGUGGACUACAACACCCAGGACUCCCUGAUCCGCUGGGACUCGUACGAGAACUUCAACCAGCGCUGGGAGGACCCCGCGGACAGCGAGCUGGAUGUUGUUCACACCCAGGGUCCACUUGAUGGAAGCCUCUACGCCCGCGUCCGUAAGAAAGACUCCCUGGAGGGAGUGGUCACCAUCAACGGCCUCCCAGUCCUUGAAAACCCUCUGACCAAUGCUAAGAGCCUGCUGCAGAGCGCCAGCCACCCGCUCCAGACCGCCGAACCGACACUUCCUGUUGCGGGCCACGCCUCCCUCCCUGCCGUCGACCACACCCUCUCCGUGAGCAGCGACUCGGGCAACUCCACCGCCUCCGUCAAGACCGAUCGUACCGAUGAGCACAGCCAGUCGGUGCCGAGCGCCGCCAAUCACAGCAACCCGACAGCGGCCCACCCGCCCCUCAGCCCACAGGAGAAGAGGGAGCUCGACCAGCUCCUGAGCGGCCUCGAGGCGCCGGCUCACCUACGGCAAGCCUACCUGUCCACGUCCACCAGUCCUGGGGGCGGCGUGCGGCACCUGGUCCCAGCGCAGGUGCACGUCAACGGGGGCCACACCAGACUAGCCGGUGUCCGACCGACCGAGGAGCGAGAGACAGACAUCCUCGACGACGAGGUGCCCAACAGCCAGGAGGGCAACAGUGUGGACAGCUUGGGCACCAUCUCUUCCCUGGAGGGGCAGGGGACGCCGGCUGACCUCUACUACCAAUCACAGACGCCUGUCAGUGGGCAGAACGACGGGCCGUACCUGGAGAGAGGCGUCCUCGGGGAGAAGUUGAGCGAAAUGCCCGUGCACGGAGUCCGAACUCCCACAGCGCUGCAGGAGAGGACGGUGGACGCUGCGUCCCCACAGGGGGGGUACAGCGGCUUCCAGAACGGAGGAGGGAUGUACCGCUCGCAGUCCUUCGGGAACCCGCCUGCCGGCAGCCCUGAUGCCUGCCCCACGCCGAUGCCCCGCGCCCCCGAGAGGAGCACCAGCAGCCGAGAGGCCGUCCAGAGGGGUCUGAACACCUGGCACCAGUACAGCCUCCCAGACGACCCCUUCGGACCGCCGCUGCAGGCCACCCACAGCCUGCCCCACUUCCCGGCGUCGCAGCGGGACAUCGAGCAGUCCAUCGAGGCGCUCAACAUGCUCAUGCUCGACCUGGACCCCAUCAACUCCCACAUGUCCAAGUCUCACAGUGCGCCCCCUGGCGAAAACAGCCUGAACUCGUCCCAGGCGCCCUUCUCCCAGACGCUCGCCAGACCCUCGUACCAGGCGGACUCGGCCAUCCACGGCUACAGCAGCUCGGGCUCGGUCAACAACGCCUUCCACCAGCCGCUCCGCUCGACGGGGAGAGUGUCCAACCAGAGCCCCGUCAUGGAGUCUCCUGUGUACUCCCCCCAGAGGCCCAACGCCAGCUUCCAACACCAGAACACCACCCCGACACACACUCCAGAGCCCUACCUCCACCCACGCCAGGCACCGCACCACUUCCCCACCGAUUUCAGCCAGCAGGCUCCUCUGAAGCCUGUGAGCUCGCACCAGGGCUCCUUGGUGUCCCACUCCCCGGACCUGCAGGGCUCGUCCCCGUACACGGGCUACAGCGCCUCGUCCUCCCCCGUCCCCGCGGUCACCCCCCAACAAGAUGCAGAGGAGGAGACGCUCAACCUGGAAGGCCUGGUGGCUCACCGCAUCGCCGAGUACAACGCUCGUAUCCGGGGCCUCUGUGACAGCAUAUCACCUGAGUCUGACCGCCAUCGCUCCUAUUCCUUCUCUGGAGUUCGCUCCAGAGGAAUGACCCCGGAGGUGACGCAGGAGACGGGCCGGCGCCGGACCACCAGCGAGGGUCAGUACCAGAGCAGCCACGAGAGCACGCCGCCGGUUCACUCGCCAGACUUCGCCAACAACCUGUCGCUCAACCCGGGAGGAAGACCCCGAGAGGGUCUCAUGCACAGCUACCGGGAGGCGUUCGAGGACCACAAGCCGGACGGUUUUGCCUUUGGAGGCGGUGGUGAGAACUCUCCACAGACCCCCGGCUUCCCUGUGUCGCCUCAGACUCCUUACUUCAACAUGUCUCGUUCUCCUGCAGGUUUGACCAAGACGCCGCUGUCCACGCUCGGACUGAAGCCGCACCACCAGGUCGGAUCAGACUCUGAUUCUAACGAUGGAGAGCACGAUCAUCCCAGUUUUGAGGACUCGAGACAGUUCGGCGCUGGGUUCUGCUCCAGCAGCCCGGUCCACGGUGCAGACGGGAGGAGGUUUGGUUCGUCAGACAGCCCCGCCCACUCCCACCCCUACAGACCCGCCUCCCCCGAGGGCUGCCAGGUGGACAUCAUGGGCGUCCACACCGUCCCCGGAAGUCCCAACACCCUCCACCGCACCGUGGCCACCAACACACCGCCCAGCCCCGCCCUCCAGAGACGCCUGGGUCAAGCCAGCCCCUCCCUGGGCAGACACCCGCCUGCGUCCGGCAUCCCCUCCAGCCCUCUGAUUGGACGAAAGACAGCAGGCGCCGGCGUGCCUCCCAGCCCCCUGAUGGGGCGCCGCACGGCAGCGAGUGGCCACAGCACCCCCGAUGAGCUGGGGGCCGCCUCUCGCCAGGGGAGCGCCCCGCCGCCGUCCACGCCGGCCUUCCCCGUGUCCCCGCAGCUGCCGGAGAAGAGACACAUGUCCAGCGGAGACGCAGAGAGGAUGGACAACAAUAACAUGACGCCAACACCGGCCAGCGGGGGCAGCACGCCGAAUCUGACCGGCCCUCGCACAGUCCCAGACCUCCCCAAGUCCAUAUAUGACGACUGUCCCGACAUCAAGAUGAACGUGAAGUUCGUCCAGGACACGUCCAGGUUCUGGUACAAGCCCGACAUCUCCAGAGAGCAAGCCAUCAACCUGCUGAAGGACAGGGAGCCCGGGGCCUUCAUCAUCCGGGACAGCCACUCGUUCCGGGGGGCGUACGGUCUGGCCAUGAAGGUGGCCUGCCCCCCUCCGACUGCCCAGCAAACCAAGAAAGUCGGGGACCUGACCACCGAGCUGGUGAGACACUUCCUGAUCGAGACCAGUCCUAAGGGCGUGCGUCUGAAGGGUUGUCCCAACGAGCCGUACUUCGGGUGUCUGUCCGCUCUGGUUUACCAACACUCCAUGACUCCACUGGCUCUGCCCUGCAAACUGAUGAUCCCCACCAAAGAUCCCAACGAGGAGGCCUUGGAGCUGGUGACGCCCACUGAUCCUGGGCUGGAGCUCAUGAAACAAGGAGCAGUUCAGAAGGCUCCUGAAGAAGCUCAUGCCUGUAACGUCCUCUUCAUCAACUCUGUGGACAUGGAGUCUCUCACUGGUCCUCAGGCCAUAGCCAAGGCGAUCAGUCAGACCCUGGGGACCAACCCGCUGCCGGCGGCCACCACCGUCCACUUCAAGGUGUCCCCACAGGGCAUCACACUCACGGACAGCCAGAGGAAGAUCUUCUUCAGGCGACAUUAUCCCAUCAACACAGUGACCUACUGUGACACCGAUCCCCAGGACAGGAAAUGGGGAAAAGAAGGAGGCGGCUCCGUCAGACUCUUUGGAUUCGUGGCGAGGAAACAAGGAAGCACGACGGACAACGUGAGCCACCUGUUCGCGGAGCUGGACCCGGGUCAGCCCGCCUGCGCCAUCGUCAGCUUCGUCUCCAAAAUGAUGAAGCGGUGAAACCCCCGGGAGUUUAAAUGGCGGCGGCCAUUUCUUGGAAUCUUCUGUCUUCGUCGACGCCUCGGACUCGACGGAGAUGUUUUCUUUUUUCUGUUUCCUGUCGGUUUGUUUCUCUUGUUUUCUCUCGGCCUUGACGGCUUGUCUUUGACGUUGGUCUUUUUUGGAAGGAAGAGAAGUCUGUGCGAGGGAUUUGUCGUGGAUCCAAAGUGGCGUCGGAGGAAGUGGAGCGGAGAACGUGACAAGCGAAGAGGAGGAUGAGGCGGACAGGAGGAACAAUGCAAAGUUGAGACAGGGAACACGUGAGGACUUGUAUGUUUCAGGGGUUUUCUGUUGUCCUUUUUGUUGAUUUACCAAAGGUUGUUGCAAUACAAGUGCAAGAAUGACGUAGCUACGAAGCCAUUUUUAUUUCCUCUUUUCAAAAGAUGAAGUGUUGAACAAAACAAAACAAAACAAAACAAAAAAAAAACAAAAAGAAACACGGUUUCUUCUUGAACUCGUCUUCAGGAAAAAAGUUUGAACAAAACAGAGUGUGAAGACCUUCUGCAUGUUAGCUUGAUCUUUAAGCUCGGUUCUUCUCCCUCCACCGAGUCAUCGUGAAAUCUUUGAGUGGUUUUUCUCCAGGUCUGUUGUGUGUCGGAAAGGGCUCCGCAGUGAAACGCCGACUGAUCUAAACUGCGCACGGCAGACCAGACUCUAGAAAAAAAACAAAAAAACAAGCGCCACGCCACACGGCCGCACCGGCUCGGCCCCGGUCCCUCCCUCUUUCUCUAAAGCUUAUUGGAUGACUCUGGCCUGAAAUCAGCUCCUGAUCGCAUGGCAGCCGGAGAGGGGCUUUGUCCACAAGGUGGCGCCACUCGUUAAGGCUUGGACCCCCCUCCCCCACACCCCCCCACCCGUCACCAACUGCUUGCAGUAGUGGAUCUGUUGAUAGACGCUGCCACUCAAACACACUGGAGAUGACCCGGGACCGGCCCCAGGACCUGGACCUAUGCACUGUUCUUUAUGCAUGUUUGAUGUCCCUGAACGCACCACGCCCCCUCGCCAUCCUCAUCACGCCAUCACUGAAACAUUCUACGCUGUGUGCCGACUUUAAAAACCUUUAGACAAGUUCACCCAGGUUGUCUGACUUGUCACAGACUGCAUGAAAUAGAACAUGAAACCUUUUUUACUCGAGAAAAGACGUAGACAACCCAUCGUUGAAGUAGUCCCAUGAUGGCGAGACGCUCUGUUUUGACUUUUCUUUGGUUUUCGAGCCAGCGUUAACUUUUCGCUGUAUCCAGGACGGUUUGUUGUUCCACGGUGUCGUCACAGAUCUACAUGUAGAGACGUGGUCUAGAAAACAAAAGAGAAAAAGUUUCCACACUGUGCAAACGCCUGCUUGUUGAACACUCGCUCAACCAUCACAAUAAGCUAAGGAGAAUCGAUAUUGAUAUAAUGUACAUAGAUAUACUACUUUGAAAGGUGACAUAGCGAAAAAGUAUUUAUUUUUGUUGCUUUGGUCCCUCAUGAUUACUCAUAUAUACAUAUAUUGUACAGUCUAGAUAAAGAAGAUGACCUAAUGGGUUGAGAAAAAAAAGAUAUACUUAUUUUGGCUAAUGAUUUCAAAGUCUGACGAUUUUGAAAUGUGUUUGAAUAUAUGGUGUACAUUACUUUGUACAUGUAUAUGUUUGUUUUUGGGCUCGUCAUGUUUGUUUCUUUUACUUUUCCUCUCAGAACGAGGUAGGGCAUGAGCGACGUAGAAGCCGAGAGUCUGAUUUGCAUGGACGCGAGCGUCUGAGCGACUCGUAGAAGUCGGCGUAGAUUUUAAAAACGGUUCAAGACACAAAGGGAAGCAGGGAAACCUCACAUGCAAUAUGAAAACAGCUCCACUUAUCAUUUAGCCAAAGAUUCAAACACUCGUCGUGUGUUCCGACUGAUGCAUGUCGCUUUUCUUUUUCACCUUCAGUUUUUUGUGUUUCACGUUUUGAAAGCUUUGCUCAGCAGAUCUCAGAGCAGCCGGGACGCAUAGAGGUCAAAGGUCAGAUACUGAUGCGUUUACACAGCGGGACGACAGCAGACGCCCAGUGGCCUGAUGGGAAACGAACAAAGCACUUAAAAAACAAACAGAAGAUCCCACACGGGCGUCUGCUGAAGCUUCAGCGUGAAGCUGUCGUCUCCUGAACGUCACUGAUUUAUUUAUUCUUAUUUAUUCCUUUCUCUCUCCUCACCUGUUUGUUAUGAUUUGGUUCAUUCUCCGGUGAAAGCAAAGAGGUACAGUGCUUUGAAACCCACCACCUGGCUCCAUCCACUCUGAGUCAUUCGGAAAAGAAAAAGAAAAAAGCUUAAAAGAUAAAUGUUCUCUGAGCGUUGUACCUGUUGCUUUGAGUGGAAGGAGGAGGAGUCUGUGGCCCCUGUGCAGACUCCGGUGGAACGGUGUACCGAGGGUCUCAGAUUUGGUUUGCGCUUCUCAUUUACAUUAUAUUGUCAUGGCUUACCUGUUCCUAAGGAGAAAAAAAGAACAUUAAAGCAAUACAAGUCAGUUCCA